AUGCUUGAAACCCAGUUUUGUUUGUUCCUACCAGUAUUCCGAGUUGCACUAAGUGCCAAAGAAAUUCAACCUUCCGUUUUAUCAUCACUUCCGCGAUUUAUCGCCGGCUUACCAUCGUCUGCAAUUUCACCCGAUGAUGGGAAACGGAUUAUUGAAGCGACAACACGCACUUUAAAUACUGGUCAAAUACCCAUGACUACAAUACUGGUAUGUCUGGAAUCACUGGGAUUACUAGCGAAACGAGUAAGUUACGACUUCUCUGAUGCGGAAGUCAUGAUGGUCGUUGGAGCGACAACUCAAGCAUUAGCACAUCCGAAGCGGAUAGUACGACAAAAAGGAGCUGCUAUAAGGAAUAUAUGGUAGGU